GGGAUGCGAGCCCGACGACUGGACUGGUCUGCCGAGCGAGGCCAUGCGCCUCGCGGCGUCCUUGUAUCCCGAAUUGGGCGGGCUGUGAAGCUCCCUUGAACGGUCUUCGUCACCUGCUGUGCAACCGGACUUCUAACUGCAGCGGUAUUCGCGUCUGUUAUCUGGUGUGGUCCGAAACAAGUUCCGAGUGAGUGAGCCAUUGAUCUCUGGCAGAAACCUUCGGCACCCAGCAGCAGGCAAUAUGGCGCCGCUGACUCCAGUCUACCUCUUCUCCCAUGGCUCCACCAUGAUGCUCGGCGAGGAGUCCGAGUCGGCCGACUACUGGAAGAAGGCCGGCGACGAGGCGCUCGCCAACGGCAUCAAGGGGGUGAUCAUGAUGGGGGCGCACUGGGACGCGCCGGGCGAUGAGAUCCACGUGGCCACAAACCCCAACCCGGGCAAGUCACCGGUGGCCUACGUGCACCCCAGCAAGUAUGUCGACUACAAGCUGAACCCGGACCUGGCGACGGCGGAGCGGUGCAUCGGCCUGCUGCGGGACGCGGGCUUCGCGGCGUCGGGCGACGCGACCUUCGACUGGAUCCACGACACGUACCUGAUCCUGAUCCGCAUGUUCCCGGGGGGCUGCCCGCCGACGACGCUGAUCUCGAGCAACCAGCUCUACGACCCGCACUUCCACGUGCGGGUGGGUGCCGCGCUGCGCCCGCUGCGCCGCGAGAACUACCUGCUGAUCGGCUCCGGCGGCGCCGUGCACAACCUGUACCGCAACCGCUGGAUGCCCAUGCUGCGCUACUCGGACAACUUCGCCCAGGAGCGCCCGCCCGAGCCCUGGGCGCUCGAGUUCCGCCAGGCCGUCGAGGACGUCAUCCGGAACAACUCGGGCCCCCGGCUGCGCCGCGCCAUGACCCGCCUCAUGAAGCACCCGCUGUACCGCGACGCCCACGCCACCGACGACCACUUCAUGGCCGCCAUGUUCGUCGCCGGCGCCGUGGGCGACGAGGAGGACGAGGGCGUCACCGGCGAGCUGGCCGCCGAGACCUGGGAGCUGACCAACAUGUGCAACAGCCAGUUUGUGUGGGGGCGGUGGCCCAAGACACCGGCACUGACGGCGGCAUGAGGGCUGCUCCUUUGGUAUUAUGACAUAUGAUGUCUUUGCUUUUAUGCUUCUGUAUUUGUCACCGCCAGUGUGAGAUGGUCGUUGAUUAUUCCAUGCCAAGUUCGUGUUUUACCCUCGACUGCGGAAAAUCGUGUUUGAAAUCUCAGUUCUGGGUUCCAGACGAAUUGCCGCCAUCAGGGACAUGAUAAU